GUUCGGCGCAGUCCCUGUUCAGAAGCAGCCGUGUGCGGAACGACGAACGACGAAAGUCUCUCGCUGACAGCUAGGAGGAGGAUAGCAAGGAUACAGACACGUGGCGUGGCGUGGAAACCCCCCCUCUAGAGGACGAAAAAAGCACUGCACGCGAGUGGAGAGUGAGCGCAGAGUACGGAACGGAGUAGAGAGAGCCUGGAGCGCAGAGUUCCUGCUGUAGCCGCAAGAAGGAUAAAGUUUUCUUUCCGCAUCGGAUGUAUGUGCCCCGCCCAGAGUGGUGUUGGAACGAGCAUUGACGGCAACGGAUUUUCUAAAUUUUGUUCAUUAUUCGGCAAGAACAUUGGAUCUUCAACGUUGAAAACGAAAAGAUACCAUCUGUGUUAGAUUUGAAUCUUUGUUGGAUCCAAAUUUAAAUCAGUAGUCAUUUUUUGUGGAAAACUGCAGUCAAAUAGUUGUAUCCGUGUUUGGUACACAUCGAGAGAAGAGAGAAUUCUUCAGAGUGUAUUUGUGUGUACGUGCGACGCAAGGAUCUCCCCACGAUAUCCUGGAGAGUAGCGUGUUCAGUUGUGCCGCAGUCGUUGAAGAACAGUAACGUGAAGCCCGUGUGCCGAGAAGAAAACGUGUGUGUCCGUGAAGAACCUUCUAAAGUCACAUACGGUGCCCCACAGCCUGGACAGUCUGAGGUGAAAAAUAGCCAGCCAACGCAGUUGAGUCACCGCCGAGUGGAUUUAUCCCCUUUCACACAGUUAGUUUACACACAAAACUCGAAGACAAAAUGUUGAUUGGAUUAGUCCGAGAUUCGGUGAUGCAGUGCUUCUGCCACACGUGCCGAGCCCCGAUCCUGCCGGCAGUCAAUCGACGAUCUGCACCCAUGAAGAAACCGACCAAAGCCCGAACAAAGCAGCCAAAAGCGUCCAAGAAGGUGAAAUUUAUCACGACCGAAAUCCGGUGCCAGGAAAAGUCCAAGGGCGGCCUCUGCUACGAGGUGAUCCUGGCCGAGCCGACCAUCAACGUGACGCUGCCGAAGCUGCCGCCGACGCCCGGCAAGCCGAUGUCCGCCGAGGAGAUCGAGGAGAAGCUGAAGGCGGCCGAGGAGCGGCGCCUCUCGCUCGAGGCCAAAAAGAUGGCCGACUGGUCCGCCAAGAUGGCCAAGAUCGAGGAAGCCACGCGCAAGAAGGACGAACUGGACAAGGAGUUCAAGACGCACUCGAAGGUGGUGCUCGAGCAGAAGAUGGAACAGUACGAGGAAAAGCGGGAAGCGCAAAUCAGCGAGAUCAAGGAGAAGCUAAAGAUGCACGCGGCCGAAAUCGAAAAGACGCGGCACAGCCUCGAACACACCAAGUCGGAGGAACUGCAGAAGCAGCUGGAGGAGAAGCUGCGAACCGCGGCCACGUUGCGGGACGACAAGAUCAAGAAGAUUCUGGACCGAUUAAAGGAACAUAACACGGACAAGCUGAACGAGGUGCGAGCCACCGUCGAUCUGCUCGAGUCGCAAAAGUCCGAGGAGAAGACCCGCAUUAUCGAGAACAAACUGUCCACCGCCGAGCAGAACCGCGAGAAGGAGCUCCAGAAAAAGCUGGAAACGCUCCGCAAACACGAACGACGCGCGGAGAUUGUGCGCCAGAACAAGGCCGCCCUCGCCACCCAAAGGGAGGACAACGUCAACGUCACCGCAUCAUCCGGUUAGGUUCGCACCCGGGUACCAUCGAACGAGCUUCCUUCUCUUUAUUAGCAACACACACACACACACACCCAUACACACGUACUGUUUUUUCUCCAAUCGAUCAAGACACACCAAAAUCUCAACAACUGAUGUAACCUUUCAC